CAGUCGGUUAUUUUCUUUGAGCUCACGUUGGUGUCUGUUAAUUUGUACAAAUCGUAAAUGUAUCAACGAAAUGUUUCACGAUUAUGCAGAUGAAAGCUUUCCCGAACAGUCAAUGGAAGAAAUCGCACUAAAGCGAGAUGUAAAUAUUCCGCAGUUGACGUGCAUGGGAAAAGUUAGCUUUGCAGAAGACCUAUUCCAUCCAGCUGGUUAUGUGUGCAGCAGAGAAUUUGACUCGGUGAUCAACAAUCGAGAUCCAUCUUAUUCCUUGCAUUUGGAAGACAAUGUGUUGCUAUUCAACAAAUGCUUCAUUUUUGAAGAAGCUUUUUUUAAUGAUCAUGUUUUACUUUUUACCCUUUUAAAGACAACAUAUGUGCGGAUUGAGCUUGCAGCCAAAGCAAAUCAAGUUAACUCAAUGGGCAUCCCUCCCAUAGUUAUGAGACAAAACAUUUUGAAUUUCAUGUCUUAUUUAAGAGUAUAUGUGUACAGGUUUCUGUCUGAAUUUGGAAAAGAAGAUGAGCUUACUUUACUGUAUGAGAAGCUGACAGAGAUAAUUGAAGAUGCACAUUUAUGGUUGACCUGUGUAAGUGACAUGCCAAGUGUAGUCUUUAGCGGUGGAUUGCUGAACAAUAACUCACCAGGAGCUGUAUUGUUUCACACCUAUUUCGACAUCAAAUGGUCUUUUCUGGAAAUAUCCUACAUGGCUUCUAAUUUGAGAAAGUACAGUGAAAGUUCGAGAAAAUCUCGGGAAAACUUCUUGGUUAUUUUGCAGCAGCUUGAAGAAAGCUUGUGUGGUGAUCUGCUGUAUCUGGCUAUCCGCAAAUUUCCGGAAGUGUCCCCUAAUGAUUGGUCAGGUACAGCCCCUUUCAGUUGUACGUGUAUGCGGGAGCUAUGGUUCAUGUUGCUGGUUAUUCUGAAAAGCGAAAAUUCCGUUUUCAGCGUUGUCCUGAAACAGUAUACAAGCUUAUUGGAGACGCCAGGGCAGGGAUGUGUUCAAAGUUUUAGCGAUACGAAAAGACUGAAAAUUCCAAGCAAAGAUCCAUUGGCUAUUCUGUGGCUGUUUGUCCACCUCUCUCGACUCAGUGGUUUCAGCCAGACUGGUAAUUGGGAUAGAAAUUUCUCUAGGAUGGAACCUAAUUACGAUGUGAUCAAUAAGCUAGUUCAGUUGUAUUUUACUGGAGCGGACACAACAGUUACUGAAGAUCGCUCAAAAGGACUCAUGGGCUGUCUGUAUUCCCUUUCGCACACCUGGGGCUCCAACCUGAACUUGUGCAUUAUUCUGUGGGAAUACUUCAACAAAAAACUGGACGAUAAUUUCACUCACUCUUCUGCAUUUGAUCAGUUGCCUUAUUCUUCAAGUCUUUGCUGGUACGAAAAUUUAACAGCAAAUAUUGAACCGUGGAAGAAUCUUACCGCUCGACACAACAGUUAUUUCAUUUUUCUUCGACUAUUGGGUCAUCACAUGGAGCUACUGAAUACAAAGAGCCAGGCUUCGCUAAAAGCAAGGCUAUAUGUGAAACUUCAAGGCAAGAAAAUCCAGGAAUUGAGUCUCAUGGGUCUUUAUCACAUGAUUAGUGCUUGCUUAACGGUUGUUCUCACCAGCGAAUCUUCUGAAGACAUGUGUUCAAAAAUCCUAGAAAUGUCAGCAAAUCACAAACAGAAAUUUAUUUUCUUCGUGGCUGAAAUGGUUGUACUCUUGAUCUGCGUUAGUCGGGGCCGUGAUUGCAAAGAAGUGGCCGCUUCUAUAUCGUCGCAACUGGAAAAAGUAUCGCAUUCUCUUAAAGAUGGCGAUCUCAAAGUUCGCGAAGAGCAGCGCAAAUUCGGAACAGCUUUCAUUGAAAAUUUUCAAGAAGUCAUUUUUCAAAGCAAGAAUUUUUCGCUCGGGCAGAAAACACUAAUUGAUAAACCCCUCAGGAGCUAUUUAAAAAACUGUGGCAGCUGUGAUCGAGCCGGUGUUCUCGACUCACUUUCUAACUUGUUAAAGAAGCUCCGUAACACACCAGAUACUUCCGAAGAAGUGUACGCAGCGGUGGUGACUCAUAUUUAUCCCUUAAUGAAAGAGAGAUUCACAUCUAUUGAGCAUCUAUCUUUCUUUGUCGAGCUCACAACUACCUCACUGGAGACCAGUAGACCCGAAUUCCAAAACAUUUUCACUUUUCUAUGCGUGGAUGAAAAAGUUAGCCCGAGAUUAAGUUUAAAAUACUUGUCGCAGUUGUUGGAAAACAGGCAAUUUCUGGUCAAUCUUUCAUUUUCGUUGAGUAAUUACCAAACAAUACUCAUACAGAGCUGGUUCCGGGUAUCAUUCCUUCUUCCCCAAGUUGAAGAUCUGACGGACGACUUGGAUCGUCUGAACAGUAUCGUGAAACGACUCCCACGUAUGGCUGAACUAGCCGUCCAAUCAAAAAUUCAGCCCAAUAGCAACGAGAUGAUUAUCGACUUUUUUCUAAUGAUGUCAGCAAAUCAUCAAAAUAUUCAGAAUUACAGUGAGCGGGCCACUGUCCGGGAUUCCUACCUGCAAUACAUCGGACCACUGGAUAAAUAUCUGACUAAUGGCUUUGUUGGAGGUCUUUGGGAAGCAGUUGAUCAGAUCACGCACAUCUUACGCCUAGGUGGGCAAAUGUACUUCCAGUGUGGCAAUAUCAUCUACACAAAGGGCAAAGUUGAUUGUUUACUGGCUCAGCUGAACAACGUACUUUUAAUUCCUAUCAGUUUUUCUGAUGUAAACAAGGAGCUCCCCGCUGCGGCCAUUUCCCCGCUACAACAAUACCUUCCGUCGUUUAUCUUCGGGCUAUUCCGGCUAAACCCGUCUCGGGAUCCGUACGUGAUGCGGUGCCUCAGCACAGUAUUCCAGACUUAUAUGACGCGGUUUCCGCCGAAUCAUUCCCAUCCUUUCACGCGAUGCUGGAUUGGCCUAGAAAGUGACCCCAUUUCAAACACGCUAGUGCCAAUCGUGAGGACUUGGUUUCUGCAGACCAUUGCAAGCAGCGUUCUGCCUCAGAAAGUAGCAAGGACGUCACCUUAUUUACAGCCGACUCUGCAUUGGUUAAAAUUUUUGAUAACCAACAAAGAUUGGAAACUCGAAAUUCUUAAAGUGAUUUUACUGCCGAUCUUUGAACUCUCAUUGAUCCUGGAUGAGAUGGUCGGAAAGAAAAAUGUCACGGAUUUCUUGCAGUCUGCGGUUUCUACGCCCAACGCUGAACAAAUGGCGGUGAUGGAGCAAGCAUUGAACGAGCUCAUCGGGCGCCAUUUGGCAUUCAAUUCCAGCAAACUUUUUAAACUAAUGGAGGUCAUUUCCUUCCUGAACGCAGAUCUGGUAAGGCGAACACUUCCCAAACUCAGAGAGCAAGUGGCCGUCACAGAAUUGAAACGCGGAAUAGGCACUGAUUCGGUUCUUAGGCAACUUCUCGGAACACUUGAACUCUCCUUGGGUUAGUCACGACAUUGAAUUGAUGGAUGCUGCUUUCAACAACAGAUACGCAUGUGACUGAAAGCCAAACAGUACGUGGGACAUAAAUAACUGGACAACAUUCUAGAUGACUGGUUGUCGUCGUGACCAUUAUAGUGUCACAAUUGGGCACUGCUUUACGAAAACGGACUGAAAGGUUCUCACCCAGCAGGGUACUUCGCAAAACAAGCCAAAGAGAGUCACAAAUUUCUUUUACAUGUUUGUUUUCCCCCUUUUUUUCCAAAAAUUUUCCCACGAGUUUCUUGUACACUUAUUUUCUAUUGUAUUGUUUCGUCGCCUUGGUUAAUUAAUUCUAGCACACA